AUGCAACAACAACAACAACCACGACAACAACAACAACAACAACAACAACAACAACAACCACGACAACCACGACAACAACAACCACCACCACAACCACAACAACAACAACAACCACAACAACCACAACCACAACCACAACCACAACCACAACCACAACAACAACCACAACAACAACAACAACAACAACAACAACAACAACCACAACAACCACAACCACAACAACAACAACUACUACUACUACUACUACUACGACAAGCACUACCCCUCCAGCUACAGCUUGGAUUCCAAGUAAUUAUGGUACACCGUGUUCGAGCACAUGCAUAA